AGAUUCAUCGCAAUCAUGCCUCGCCCCGGAAAGAAUACUUACGGCGAUCAAAAACCUCCUUAUUCCUAUAUCGCUCUCACAGCAAUGGCUAUCCAAAGCUCUAAGGAAAAAAUGCUGCCACUGAACGAUAUCUACAAGUUCAUCACAGAUAAUUUUCCUUAUUACCGUCAGAAUACGCAACGUUGGCAGAACUCCUUACGACAUAAUCUCUCAUUUAACGACUGUUUUAUCAAGAUUCCAAGACGUCCUGACAGACCCGGAAAAGGCUCUUAUUGGGCAUUACACCCAAGUUGUGGAGAUAUGUUUGAAAAUGGAAGUUUUCUGAGAAGAAGAAAGAGAUUCAAGCUCUUAGCUAGGAACCUUCCUAGUCUAGUUGAAGCAAGUAGUCAACAAUACUCUAUGCCACCACCACCUGCAUUAUAUUCUCCAUCUUAUUUGCCGAGAAUGUAUACACCUUCUCAUCGAACGCCUCUAACGGUUCACCCUCAGUUGGCGAUAUCUUCUACUUUACCACCAUCUGGUUCAACGAGUCCACCACCUACUAAAAAAUCAACAUCUCAUAAGCAAUCGUUUAGCAUUGAAAGUAUAAUGGCAAGGGAUGAUCCGCCCUUGUCGUCUUCAAAAUCUCUUCACUUUAAUCCGCCUCCUCUAAUUCCUGUGCAUUCGUCAGUAAAGAGACCGUUUGCUCUCCAGCCAUCUCUCUCCUCUCAUUCACUUCAAUCUAUCCUAUCUCAUGGGUAAUACCUUUUGUUUUAAACAAAAGAAAAUCAAA